AUGUCGUCCAUAUCGAUCAAGAAAGGACCAAUUCAGCUCGCCGGCUUGCUGCACAAGCCUGCAACCUCGUCCACCGCCAAGUUUCCUGCAAUUGUGAUAGUACAUCCUGGCGGUGGCGUCAAAGAGCAGACGGCUGGUCUCUAUACGAAGAAGCUCGCUGAAGAGGGUUUUGUCACCGUCUCGUACGAUGCCUCUCACCAAGGAGAGAGCGGAGGCGAACCUCACUUCCUGGAGGACCCAGCGGCAAGAGUCAGCGACGUGUGGAGCGUCGUCGACUACCUCGAGCAGCAGGAAUACGUUGAGGCCAACAAGAUCGGUAUCCUCGGCAUUUGUGCCGGCGGAGGCUACGCCGUCGCAGCUGCGAAAGCAGAUUACCGUCUGAAAGUCGUCGCUACAGUCAGUAUGGUCAACAUUGGUGAUUCCGCACGACUAGGCUGGUACGGUGACGAACCUGCUUCUAAGCACGUCGAAUCCCUCAAGAUGGCUGCGCAGCAAAUUUCAGCCGAAAACAAGGGCGCUGAGAUGGCUGCUGCGCCGUAUGUGCCCCCUCAACCAGACGACAAGACUCCCGCAGAUCUCAGAGAAGCACACGACUACUACCUUACACCGCGCGCGCAGCACCCCCGUGCCGAGAACAAGAUGCUCUUUCGAAGCUUCCCGCGUGUCCUCACUUUUGACGCAUUCCACCUGGCGGAUGUGUUCUUAAAGCAGCCCACACUCCUCAUUGCGGGUGAGAAGGCCGGUUCUCUCUGGCACACGGAGAACCUGGAUAAGAAGAUAGGAGGGGCCACCAAGAAGGUGAUUGUGCCGAAUGCAGCCCAUAUGGACUUUUAUGACAACGAGAAAUACGUCAACCCGGCCGUCAAGGAUAUCUCGGAGUUCAUGAAGGCAAAUCUGUCAUGA